CACUUCCACUUCCACUUCCACUUCGCGAUAAUCUCCAAUUUCGACAAAGCUCCAUCAUAACAAUUACAAUCCCAUAACAAUUUCAUACAACUACCAUCACAAUGGCAGAGCCAACUCCGACUGAUAUUCCGAUAUUAUCAGCCAUCCCAUCAGCUGUCGCAUCAGCUGCCGCAUCAGCUGCGGGCACUCCCCAGUCUCUACCUCCUAUGGAUCCCGAUGAGCGCGCCAAUUCCUUGCACGUGUCGCUAGCCGACCUGACGGCUAAGGCGAACGCGCUGUAUGCGCAGAAGAAGUAUGAGGAUGCAGCCGAAGUCUUCUCCCAAGCUACCGAAAUGCAGGCCGAGAUCAAUGGCGAGAUGGCCCCCGAAAACGCGGAUAUUCUAUUUCUCUACGGUCGCAGCCUCUUCAAGGUUGGCCAGAGUAAGAGUGACGUCUUAGGUGGAAAGCCUACUGGCGAAAAGAAGUCCAAUGGCGCCGCAGACAAAAAGUUGAAGGGGAAAAAAUCACAGGCCGAAGCGUCGACUGCCAGUGCGACUAAGAACGAGAAAACCGAGGCGGAGGAAGUUGCCGUUGUUGCUAAGAAUGGGAAUGAGAGUGAAAAGGUAUCCGAUGCCAAGAAACCGCUUUUUCAAUUUACAGGUGACGAAGAGUUUGAGGACUCGGACGAGGAAGAGGAGGCUGAAGGCGAGGAAGAAGAAGAAGACGAUGAUCUAGCUGUCGCGUUUGAGAUUCUAGAUUUAGCACGUGUGCUUUUCGAGAAAUCUUUAGAACGAGAAGAUGAAGACUCUUCAGAAGGGAAGGGAAAAGAGAAGGUUGAAGAGGAUAACCCUACUGUCAAGCAUAUCAAGGAACGACUCGCAGAUACCCACGACCUUCUAGCAGAGAUCUCCCUCGAAAAUGAGAAGUACCCACUAGCAAUUAACGACUGCCGUGCCUCUCUGAAGUAUAAGGAGGGUCUCUAUUCUCAGGAGUCGGAGGUGAUAGCUGAAGCGCACUUUAAACUUUCGUUGGCUCUUGAAUUUGCAUCUGUUACCACAAGCGCUGAAGACGAAGCUAGCGCGGGACUAAAACCAGUCGACGAAGGCUUACGACAAGAGGCGGCUGAAGAGUUGGAGAAGGCUAUUGCAAGCACGAAGCUCAAGCUUGACGCCAGAGAGGUCGACCUUGCGAUGCUCCACGCGCCUGAGGAUAACGACGUCACACGGAAGCAGAUUGCCGAGGUUAAGGAGUUGAUCGCGGACAUGGAGCAACGGCUUGUCGAGCUCCGAAAACCCCCCAUGGACGUCAACUCGGUUCUCGCAUCUGACGAUACCAUGCUCGGAGUACUCGGUACAGCGCUGGGCGAGUCGACCGCGAAUAAGGAGGCGAGACUCGAGGAGGCGAAGAAGGGUGCCAAGGAUGUAUCUGGCCUAGUGCGUAAGAAGGCUAAAGAUGACUCGAAACCCGAAGCCGAGCAAGCGAAGGCGACGAAUGGAAAGCGCAAGGCUGAGGACACCGCGCCAGGCGAGGAAGAGACCAAGAAAAGCAAGGUCGAAGAGCCCACACAGUCCUAGCCUCCGAGGCGAAGCAAGCGGAAGGAGUAAGUAACAAAUUGCGAGUUUGGGCACUAGAACACACUCCGGCCGCUAGACUCUCCCGAGCUGUAGGUGGGCUCUCUGGAAUCGUAAAUAGUUGCUAAAAGGGCGAUCAAAGGGGGUUGUAUAUUAUUCAUGUAAAACAAAAAGGGCUUCAACGAAGAAGUACCACGGGACAGGCAUAUCCAGAUCUAUACUAUCAGACGUCAAUGACUAUGGCAGAGGAAGAAAAGGGGAAAGAUACGUAUGGGGAAUAGGGAUCCCUGCUCUUAGCUACCUUAGGUAGGAAGGCGAAUCGCAUUGUGUGCUAUACAUAUAUAUAUAUAUAUUUGCUUUAUGGUAUAGCAAUGCAAUUAUUAAGCAU